UCAUGUCAUCGUAUCAGAAGGAACUGGAGAAAUACAGAGACAUAGAUGAAGAUGAGAUCCUAAGGACCUUGAGCCCUGAGGAGCUAGAGCAGCUGGACUGCGAGCUACAGGAGAUGGACCCCGAGAACAUGCUCCUGCCAGCUGGACUAAGACAACGUGACCAGACAAAGAAGAGCCCAACGGGGCCGCUGGACCGAGAGGCCCUUUUGCAGUACCUGGAACAGCAGGCACUAGAGGUCAAAGAGCGUGAUGACCUGGUUCCCUACACAGGCGAGAAGAAGGGGAAACCCUAUAUUCAGCCCAAGAGAGAAAUUCCAGCCCAGGAGCAGAUCACUCUGGAGCCUGAGCUGGAGGAGGCACUGGCCCAUGCCACAGAUGCUGAGAUGUGUGAUAUAGCAGCCAUUCUGGGCAUGUACACACUGAUGAGCAACAAGCAAUACUAUGAUGCUAUCUGCAGCGGAGAAAUCUGCAACACUGAAGGCAUUAGCAGUGUGGUGCAGCCUGACAAGUAUAAGCCAGUGCCAGAUGAGCCCCCAAAUCCCACAAACAUCGAGGAGAUACUGAAGAGUGUUCGAAGCAAUGACAAGGAGCUGGAGGAGGUGAACCUCAAUAAUAUCCAGGACAUCCCGAUACCCAUGCUAACUGAGCUGUGUGAAGCAAUGAAGACAAAUACCCAUGUCCGGAGCUUCAGUCUGGUGGCCACAAGGAGUGGUGACCCCGUUGCCAGUGCGGUGGCUGACAUGUUGCGUGAGAAUCGUAGCCUCCAGAGCCUGAACAUUGAAUCCAACUUCAUUAGCAGCACAGGGCUCAUGGCUGUGCUGAAGGCAGUUCGGGAGAAUGCCACACUCACUGAGCUCCGCGUAGACAACCAGCGCCAGUGGCCUGGCGACGCAGUGGAGAUGGAGAUGGCCACCGUGCUUGAACAGUGCCCCUCCAUUGUCCGCUUUGGCUACCACUUUACACAGCAGGGGCCACGAACUCGGGCAGCCCAGGCCAUGACCCGGAACAAUGAACUGCGUGAGUAG